UAGGUGUGGCGGUGUGACGGUGGUCGGUGUGGCAGUGAGGCAGCGGUCGGUGUGACGGUGUGGCAGUGAGGCAGCGGUCGGUGUGACGGUGUGGCAGUGAGGCAGCGGUCGGUGUGACGGUGUGGCAGUGAGGCAGCGGUCGGUGUGACGGUGUGGCAGGGUCAGCGUGGCGGUGAUGGGCGGCACGGCGCUGUCGGGAGCGCUGUGGCUGGGGCUGCUCUGGGCCGGGAGCGGGGCCGGGGGCAGCUGCCAAGGAAAGUGCUGCCAGGGUCGGGAUGCCGCCUGCGUCGGCGAGGGAUGGAGGGAGGGAGGUGGCUACGGGACCUGCUACUGCGACGGAGGCUGCCGGCGAGCUGGGGACUGCUGCCACGACCACGGCCAGGCGUGCCCGGCUAUUCCCUGUGUUGUGGGGGAGUGGAGUCAUUGGAGUGGCUGUGCAGAACAGUGUCAUCCCGGGCUGCGGAUCCGUAGGCGCUAUGUACAACAGGAACCUAAAAAUGGUGGGGAACCCUGUCCAGCUCUGGAGGAGAAGGCUGGCUGCCUGGAAUACCUGACUUACCAGGGGGAGGACUGUGGCCAUGAACAUGUCCCUGCUUUCAUAACUACCUCUGAAUACAGUAAAGAAAGAAAAAGACAAGCAGCAUCUUCCCUCUGGCCUUCAGACAAAGAAGCAGCAGGAUACUGUGUGGAGUUCCGGACAGAGUCUCUUUCCCAGCACUGCGCUUUGGAGACGCGUCCGUACGCGCGCUGGAUGCAGUAUCUGCGCGAGGGACACACCGUGUGCGUCGCCUGCCAGCCCCCGGCCAUGAGCACGGCCACGCAGCGCUGCUCCGGAGACGGCCAUAACGCACACGGAGAUAAAAUCUUACACUGGGAAGCAAUUGGCAACUCUCAGUGCCAAGGAACCUGGAAGAAGAUCCGACAACUGGAACACUGUUCCUGUCCCCUGGUGCAUAGUUUUAUUUUUACAUAAAGGUUUAAAAGACCUUUAAAAUGGCAACAACAACAACAAAAGUAACACCAAUGCAAAGAAACCUACGUAUUUCUGCUGCAUUUUCUGGAGCCUUAACAAAUUUUACACAAGUUGGAACUUUGGCAGAAGCAUUUCAGGAAGUUCUCUCUGCCUUAAUAUAAAAUUCGAAGACCGAUCUCUGUAUUAGAACACUAGAAGCAUGUUUCUAUGUUUCUCUAUUGUAAUUAAAGAGCUAAUGUCUCUAACCAUAGCAGUUGCUUUUCCUGAAGUUCUCCAUCUUUACUGGCCAUUACCCUGUCUACAGGCACUGCUCCUACUCAGCAGUCAGCCAGCCAAAUAUUUUUAAGUCUGAGAAUAGUUACUGUCAACAUUUAAGAGCAAGGCUGAAUAAAGAUGAAGUUUUUAAGAACUAAAACCGA